CUUUAAUUGAGGGGAAAAGCAUUAACCUUCUGAACCUCGUGUCACCCCAUAUAAUAAAUCCAGUUUAGGAUAAAUGCAUCUUCAAAGGCAAGCUCUUCAAUUUUUCCUGUCAGGUUCUGUUGUAGCAGCCAGGAGGAGGAGCAAGAUGGACAUUCUGCGACCCACCCUGAUAAGGAUCGGGGGGCGAGUAUACAGGAAGAAUCUCAUUCAAGAGCAGGCCUACCAGCACGAGGAGGAGGAGGAUUUCUGUGCAGGCCCCAGUGACUGCGCAGACGAACCCUGUGAUGCCUUUGUGGUGGAAGAGACUGGGAAAGGCUUCCAGUGCAAAGUGGACGUUCCCAGCCCAUUAUACAAGUACAUCAUUGGGAAGAAAGGGGAAACCAAAAAGAGACUAGAAACAGAGACUCGAACCUCCAUCAGCAUUCCCAAGCCUGGAGUCGAAGGAGAAAUUGUGAUUACAGGGCAGCAUCGCAGCGGUGUCAUCUCUGCCCGAACACGGAUCGAUGUUCUCCUGGACAGCUUCCGUAAGAAGCAGCCCUUCACACACUUCCUGUCCUUCGCUCUCAACCAGCCUGCCAUCCAGGAGAAGUUCCUGCAGUUCAAGGAGGAAGUGUUGGAGAAAUGCUCAAAGGAUCAUGGGGUCAGCAGCAGCCUGUUCCAGAACCCUGCAAAGCUUCACCUGACUCUUGGGACGCUGGUACUUCUGAAUGAGCAAGAGAUCCAGAAAGCGUGUGACCUCCUACAGCAAUGCAAAGAGGACUUCGUGGACCAAAUUGCUGGAGGCAAGCCCCUGACCGUGGAGGUGGCAGGAGUGGAGUACAUGAACGAUGACCCUGCCAUGACGGACGUCCUCUACGCCAAAGUCCACAUGAAGGAUGGCUCUGACAGACUGCAGGUGAUCGCUGAUCAACUGGUGGAGCGGUUUGUGGCCUCCGGCCUGAUGCUUAAAGAAUGGGAUAGGGUGAAACUGCAUGCUACAGUCAUGAACACUCUCUUCAGGAAAGAUCCAAGUGCUGAAGAGCGAAACUAUACAAUGACUGGUAAAUCAUCUUUCAAGGAACGGGAGUCGUUUAAUGGCCGAAAUAUCCUCAAGGUCUUGGUGGUUCGUGGCAAAGCUUGCAGAUAUCAAUGACUCGAGAAGUAGCAAGCUGAAUGCGAACGAUAAAGGAGUUAGUGCUUUGCUUAUGAUAGAGAUCAGCUGUGCUCCCAAAAGAUAGGCCGCUGGGACUUUUAUGACCAGAUUUUCUCUCUCCUGAAGUCUGCAUGCUUUAUUCUUCCUAAGGGGGAUGAGGUGAAAGGGCCUCUGCUGCCACCUUUUAAAAUUUGCCAGAGAUUGAAAGAAAACGAGAGGGGAAGGGCCGUUCCUCGCAUUAUCUGGGUGGAAGGACUCGAUGCUAUAUCGGUGAUGGAGAGACACUCCAGAGCCAGCUGCGCACUUGCAGAACAAAACAAACGAUUGAUCUGCAUACACCCGCCGAGCUUUGUGGCUGAUACUUGGAGGCCUUGGCACAGGCAGCGUGCUCGUGGUGACGGCCCAGAUGACAACCACCUUCUCUGUCCUUCCUAGCCCUCUCUUCCACCCUUGCCUUGCGACUCUGCACAACGUCUUAAUCCUGUAACGCCUGUGCAGUAAUGGAAGCCGUUGGAUGCGUGGCCAGCGGUCCUUUAAAAAGCUAUGAAAAGGAAGCAGUUGCUAAUUUAGAGAGGAGGUGGGGAACACCGGGAAGAGCCGCUUCUCUGGAUGAGUGCCUGUCUACCUGCUUUUGCUGCACUUCUCAUGCAUUAUUGCUGGCAAGCUUCCAAGCACAAUUAAACCUCUGACAGAUAAUCAUUGGCAGAGUGGUGUCCAGAGUGAAUAAUACAGGAAUCAAAUAUUUCUUUUUUGGCACCAAACUGUUUCAGAAAACAUAUUUUGAAAGUUGAAAAUAGAAGGAAAAAAAUCUAUUAAUUGAACAAACUCCCCAGAUCUUGAUGCAUUGCCCGGUUGUGUCUCAUCUUCUGGGAGCCACCAGGGGCUUUGGUUUGGGGUUUGUCUGUCAUAGUUUGGGGGAGUCUAGGUCGCAAAUGGAAAGGGUUUUGGUGCAUUUCUCAGGACAAGGAAGAAGGAGCUCUUCCAGCACGUACUGCAGCCUGGGAACUGGGACAGCUUCUGCCAUUUCGUGCUGUGGAGGUAACAGCCUUCUGUAGACCGUUGGGGUGGUCAACAGGGACAUGUUGGUAGCAUAAAUCCGCAAAGGCGAAAUGGGCCACAGGCAGGCUGGCCCUUGAGGUCUUUCUUCUACCAACAGCUUUCCAUUGCUGAACUGUGUUCAUGAGUCAGCCUGCCAAGGAGUGACAGAGGUGCUGCUCAGACCUGAGAGGCCCCGACAGGUCUCUGUGGGAGGUCGCAGGAGUGAGGCAUGUUAAGCGGGUAGGUGGGAUCCCAAAAGCAGGAUAAGAGGCUGUGGUUUGUGCAGCGGAGGAGGUUAAUCAGAAGAGCUCUGAUGGACAGCAUUUGCUGGAGUUCCGUAGACUCUUCUUGGAGUCCAUCAGUGUUUCUGAGUGUUACUUUCACAUUUCUAAAUCUUUUUUUUUUUUUUUUUUUUUUUUUAAUUUUUAAUCCAUCCAUGUUUCUUGCCAUCAGUAAAUUUUCCUCUGUCAGUCCUUUUUGCUUAAUGCUGGUAUCAGCUCUGUAACAUAGCAGUUUGCCGAAGAGUCGGCGCCUUCCCUGCUGUAGCUGGCAUGGGUACCAACCGCAGUUGUGCUUUAGCCAGAUGAUUUGGAAGAGUGAUUGUUCUCUGCUCUUCUAUAGUGUUUUCCAUCCCAAGCUAUGGAUGCAUUAUACAAGUGUUAAUUCAAAUGUAAUAUCCCUUAUGAGAUGGAAAAAUAGCCUGAUGUUUAUUUGGGCAAGUCACAGCCCGUGGUCUGAUUCUGUCUGAGCCCCUCUCCUCCCUUUUAGUGUAAGAUGAUGCAUGAAGGGUUUGGGGUGUUGGGGUCAUGCUCUGCUGUGAGUACCGCCGGGAAUAUCCAGGGGAGAGUGCAGGGAAUCUGAAAACAAACAGCUUUCAUUGCUCCAUGUUGAGGCACCUUUUCAGACAUGCCACUUAAUUUUUCCUCCAUGCUUGUCAGCGGGUGCCUGGGAUUUUGUUUGCUUCUUUCCUUCCCCGAAGGGGAUAACAGCACUGUAGCAUGCUGAUUUCUCAUGGAAAGCAACCUCCCGUCCCUCCCGGCUUUCCGAGUUUGUUCCUUCAUUCACUGCUGCUCCCAAUCAGGACACGCUGGGGGUAGUGGCUGCUGCCAGGCGAGCUGGUGACUGUUGUCACUGCGUGCAGAGCAGAUGAAGCUGUAAAGCCUGUGGCUCCUCUGAAGCUUGAGUUUAAUCUCCUGGUUUGAGCUGUCUCCGCACUGCUGUCUGCUGCUGGACCCUGAUUGCUGGCGUGAUCUUGCGUGGCCACAGCGCUGGGUUACCUGUCAAAAACGAUCCUCCUGCCCAUGUUCUUCCAUGGAGGCAGAGGAAAGUGGCUUUCAGCCUGUUCACUUGCCUUCCUGGAAGAGAUCCUUUGGAUGAACGCUUUCAACCCCGGCAAAACAGAGGAGAAGGGAUUGCUGGUGUCCCGUCCUCAGCGUGGACUGCACAGCAGGAAUGACAGUGUGAGCUCAUCCGCAGCUGUAGGUUCCCGGAGCUGUGAGCCUCUUCCUCCUCGCGUCUCAGAAGUUGCUAAUUGCUGUGUUUGUUCCAGAUACGGAAAACAGGACCCCCCCCUCAGCUCCCUGCCGAGGGCAGCCGGGUUUCUUAGGCUGAUUGGUCACAGGCUAAUGACAUUACAUGCCUCUGCUCGCCCACAGCGCUGAUUCACCGGGGACAGUUUUGUACUGUUAAUCUAUAAUACCCCUACCCUAAGGCACUGCUUUCUGUGGCUGGAGUUCACAACAAAGCGAGCUCCCUGCAGACUAGGGGGUUAUAUGUGUGUGUGUGUGUGUAUGCAUUUUAUCCUGUGAUAAUGCUGCUCUUUGGUGGUAGUUUUUAAUUGCAAGGCAUUACAGUGAAUUGUUCCCCCAGCAUUUCUGAGCACCAAGGCUCUCAGCAGAGCUGCUUGGACUUUUUAUUAAUUCAGGAUGGGUCCUUUUUGGCUGAACUACAGUAGAUGACGUAAGGCUUUAAAAACUGAUCAAUAAUCCUGAUGGUAGCAGCAAAAUCCAGGCCAGGCAGCGUGAGUGCAAGCCAGAGAUUACGUGAAGGAAGUUUUAAAUACCUCUUACUCCCUUCCCUUGUCUGGACUUAUUUUGUCCUCCCGCUGCCCGGUGCCUCUCCAGGCGAAUCCAUUAAUAUUUCUCAUGCUUGUUGAGCCCAUGACAGGUGAUUUAAAAGUACCAGUUUGUGUUGGCGUCUCCGCUCUUCAUAACCGGAGCUGAAAUGCGUUGCUGCUGUCCUUACGUGGAUUAGCGCCCUGAUUUAUUACUG